AUGUUGUUAAUCAGCCUUACAGUAGCGUUAACCUUCUCGCCAUUCAUCGUUCUUGGAGAUAUCGUACCAAUCACAGAUGCAUUUGAUGUCUGUAAGAAUGAAACUCUAAUAUUAAAUACAUAUGAUACUAUAUCAUUUCAAGAAAACUCCAUUACUUCCCCUUCGUUAAGAUGCAUACAAUUGGGGUAUCGCUAUGCGUAUUUUAGCGAUGGAACGUUCAGUAACGUGCCAAAUUUAUGGUACCUUGAUCUCCAGCACAAUCAAAUCUAUCCAGAUAGUUUAUUCUCUUUCGGAAAUCUUCCAAAUGUGAGAAUUCUAAGUCUCGGUAAUCAAAAAAUUUACAAUCGGGACACAUUAGUGAUUAAAAGACUAUAUCCUGAACUUUGGUACUUGAAUUUACAAUAUGCUAAUAUCUAUGAUAUAAGAAGUACGUGGAGUAAUCCUUUCCCCAAAUUAACACAUUUGGAUCUCUCGGGAAACCGCAUUAAAACAUCUGACCUGGAAAUAUUUCCUGACACGUUAACGUAUCUUAAUCUAACUGAUAAUUAUAUCUCGCAACUCUCGUUCCCAAAGUUUAGCAAUCUGACAUCGUUAAUAUUAGACAACAAUAUAUUAAGGGGAAUAGGUGGUUGGUACGACCUUGAUUUGAAUGGUCUGCGGAAACUGCAGAAUUUAUCGGUAGCGAACAAUGAAAUUAGGUGGAUUUCUGUCCAGGAUGCAACAAAUAUUCGAUAUUUGAAUCUCGCUCAGAAUUCUUUAUCGAAUAUUGAUUAUAAUGAUUUUCGGUCUAUGAAAUUGUUAGAGGUUCUUAUUUUAGAUAACAAUUUAUUCUCACAUGUACCUUCUAUGUCUCUAAACAUAACUACGCUUUCGUUAAAUUGUAACAGUAUAAGGUAUCUAAAUGACAACCUCUCUAACUUGCCAUAUUUAAGAAAGUUAUUCCUGAACGGGAAUAACAUUACGCAUAUUAAUGAGAAUACUUUCGACAAUCAAGAGCAGUUAGAAGAAUUACACUUAGCUGAUAAUCAAUUAACGUACUUGCCACCGAACUGGAGUCGAUCUAUGAAGAAUCUUCAAAAUCUAGUUUUAUCUGGGAACAAAUUCACUUCGUUGAAUUCGAUAAUUCAUAGUGCUGAUUUGCCUAUACGACAGCUGUAUCUUGAUCGCAACCCCAUUUUGUAUCUAAAUAUCAGUACCUUCCAAAUAAUACCACAACAGAUCAUAGUUUACUUGAAUAUUGGAUCAGAAUCUAAUGAAAUUUCAUGUACACGUCCUGGAUCAGAUGUGUCGACUACGCCUGAGUUAUCGACUACUUCUCCAUGGACUUCGAGUAGUAGUCCAUGGUGGUCGACUACAUAUAGUUCAUCGACGACUUAUCCAUGGUGGUCGAGUAGUCGUCCAUGGUGGUCGACUACAUACAGUUCAUCGACGACUUAUCCAUGGUGGUCGACUACAUACAGUUCAUCGACGACUUAUCCAUGGUGGUCGAUUAUGUCUAGGAAUAAGACAAAAUAA